AUGACUUGGAUCAGAACUGAUUUUUUGAUAAAGGGGAAAAUUAUCAAACCUUUUUUACCCAAUGAUAAACAUCCAAAUUUGAAAAAUAAAAAUUUCAAGAAUUUAUAUCCUGGAGAUCAAGUUUUCAUUUUUGAAGUUAAAGAUACUAAAUGGGCUAGAGUUCAUGCCGUGACUAAACCUCUCCCAACAGAUUAUAUUGCCUGUACAGCUUUUUUACAUGAUUUAUUAGUUGACAAGAGUAAUGUUGUUGUUGUUCCAUUAAGUUAUAUCAAAAUUUUGAAAGAAAUGCCAUCAGAAGACAUUCGAAUCAGUAAAAAAUUCAACAAUAUCCAUGAAAAUAGUGAAAUCCCUACUAUUCGUGAUACAGAAUUAGCACGUCAAGAAGCUGUAGAUGGUACUAUUUUGAAUGAAUUUAUUAAAAAAUCUGUCCCACCAAGACCCACCAAAAGAGACCAUUCACGUGAUACACUUCUUGAUGAAAUUAAAUAUUCAUUAGAAUUACUUAAUGCUCAUAUUUUUGCUGUUUAUUCUAAAAGUGAAUUUAGAUUAUUUGAAAAGUUGACAUCAAUUUAUUAUAGUUUAUAUGAGAUUAGAACUAAAUUGAAUCAUCAUUUAUUGACAUCUGAAGAAGCUCAAGUGGCUAGAGAAACUGCCACUUUCUUGUUGAAUAGAAUACCCAAGAUUUUAGCUUCUAGAGCUUCUAGAUUGGGUAAAGAUGUCAUUGAAUUGGAUUAUUCCGACACUGAUGUUUCCGGUUAUAAAUCUAUUUUAUCAAGAGAUGCAGAAACGGGUGAGGUUUUAUCUUUGAAAACAGCUUUACCACCAAGAAUAGCAUUGAAUAAUGAAUUGGGUGCUUUGGUUCCUAAUUAUCCAAUUAAUAUUCAUGAUAAUUUCCAUAAUUACUCUUUGAAACCAUCGGCUAACAAGAAAUUUUAUCAUGAUCCACCAUCACAUAUUUUAGUUGAUUUCAAAUCUGUUACUGGUUCCUCAGCUUAUCAACCUCCAGGAUUUGCUGGUAUGGUGGCCUAUAUGUACAUUCGUAACUCCAAGAAAAGAUUAACAGAGGCAUUUGCCGUACACACUAAUUCAGUUGAAGAUUUUGUUCAUGUUGAAAAAAUCAGUGCUGCAUUAUUUAGAAAUCUUCCUGCCAGUGAAAUUGAAAACAAUAGAGUUUACCUUGUUGCUGUUUUAACAGAAGAAGUUGACUUAAACAUUAAAGGUACGGGGCAUACUCCAACAAUUAAAAGAGUGAAAAAGGGUGUUGCCGCUGGUGUAGCUGAUAUCACCAGAAUUUUCCCUAGAGCAGAAGGUUCACUUCAAUCUGGUGAAGCCCAUAAUUUUUCAAUUAAAUUGUUUGGUUCUUAUUUGAGUAAAAAAGGUCACAAGAAUAUGGUGGAAGAUCUCAGAGGUCUUAGUAAUAAUGGUUGGGGUGAACUUGUUGAUAGAAUUAUUGCUGGUUCUAGUCAAGGAGUAGCUGUUAAUCCAAGAGCAGAAAAAUUGGUGAUCACAGUAAAGGAAUUCAAACAUCAAUUUCAAGGUAAUGUGGCCAAUCAAUUAUCAUCUAGUGCACCAAUAUCUAGAAUUAAACCAAUUUUCUUUGAUCCAUUGGCGGAAAAUUAUGAACGUAUUUAUUUGAAAAUGGGUAAAGUUACUUUAUUAGGAUCUAAUGCCAGAGAAGAUUUAUUGACAUUUGAAGUCAGUACUCCUAAUAAUGAAUUGAUUACCUUUGCCAAAGCUUCCAAUCAACAGGAAAAAAGAUAUUGGCAAUUUAUAUCUGUCUUCCCCGGUGAAUCCAUUGGUGAAAUUGUUAAAGUUAAUGGAGUUGCAUUGAAAAAUUCAUCUAAAAAAUUACCUAAAGAUGAUUAUAUUCUUUUAUCAUUAUAUGUUAAUGGGGUUCUAGCUGGUGAAGGAAGAUUACUUUAUAAAUCCGGUAAUAGAUUGGUUGAAUUCAAUAAGAAAAAGACUCAUACCAUUGAAAUUAUUUCCGCAACCCAUAAUGUUCCUAUGGCUCAUAUUGAACUUAGUACUGAAUACGUUGGUAAAGUUUAUAAUUCUGACGUUUCUAUUGAUAAUAUUUUCCAAUACGAAAGAUUUUUCCAAAAUGGACAAAAAGGUAUUGAUGAACUUUCUAAUUCAUUGGUUGCUUUCACGAGAUUAGAUAUUGCUCAAGUUGUCAAAUAUUUCCCAGAAUUAUUAAGUUCAUUAUACGGAAUUAUUGGAUUUUCUAGUCAUCAUAGUGGACCUAGUAUUGAAAUUCUUGAAGAUAAUACUUUUAAAGCCGUGAUUCAUUUGUUAGAUACGGUUUUCGGUAAACAAGAUCAAUACUUGUAUCUUCUUGAUAAUUUCAUUGCCAAAUAUAAAAGUCUGAAUCAAAUUGGUAUUUUCUUAUUGACUAAAGUUGAACAAAUUUUCAAUAGAGCAGGAUCAAGUUGGAAUUCGGUUUCUAGAUCAGUUUGUCGUGUUCUUUCGAUUAUUUUGAGAAUUUCGAUUUUAUCAAUGAAUGCACCAAAUGAACAAGAUUUAUAUUUACAAACAUUGAACAAUUUAUUUAAAUCAAUUGCUUAUCUUCUUACUUUGGAUUCCACCAACAUGAUUGAUGAUCAAGUACUUGUUAUGGAUAUUAUUGAUUAUAUUUUUGCCUUUGACGUCAAUUUCAAAGGAUCAGAACUUGUUCAAAUAAUGAUCAAUUGUAUUGAUUCUAUUGGUCUUAAAGGUGUGGGAGUUGAUGAACUUAGUAUGGAGUCAACUCCGGCUGGUUCUCGUUCAAUUAAAGAUCACAAGAUCAUUAUUGGUAAAUUAUUAUUAAUUUUGAGAUUACUCAAUUCUGAUUUAGUCAAAGAGGAAAGUAGUAGAUGUAUUUUGAUUCCAAAGGCAAUCACAUGGGCCGUUGAUGUAUUCCUUGCCCCUACUGAUAUUGAGGCAACAAGAUUGGCAUGUAGUGUGCUUAAUGCUGCUUGUACAGCUUUAUGGAAUGAUGGUGUCAUUGGUAAAUAUCAAGGAGAUAUGGAGAUUUGUUAUUCAUUGGCCAAGUUUUUACCUGCUAUAUCGAGAACUUUCAUCAAGUAUAACAAGUUUACUAGAGGUAAUGGUUCAUUCAAAAAGAAACGUGUGUUCACUCAAUUGUUCCCAUCAACGUAUCCUUUCAUUGAAUUUUCUAUUGACCCGGUAGUUAAUGAUGAAAGUAUGGUUGAAGUUUUAGUUGAACUUGCAAUUACAUUUUCAUUUGUUGCUAGAGUCGGGAAAGAAGCAGCAGGAAAUGAGGGUUAUAUCACAAUUUUGGAUUCACGAAUUGAAAAUGAUUUUUUCAUCCCGGAAAAAUAUUUGGCAUCUGAUUUCCAUGGUGAAGAUAUACUUACAUUACUUUCAGGGAUUAGAUAUAUGAGAUUGGGUAAAUAUUUCCCUGAAACCAAAUGGUAUUCAACAUAUUCUGUCAUUAUUGAAGGUUGUUUAUGUGCCAUUGAAUUGGUGAGACCAUUAGUGAUUAUCAAUCAAUUACCAGCAUUGGAUGAUUCUGAAUCAUUUGAUAGAACCCUUUGGGGGAACUAUCUUAGAAGUUUGUUUAAAUUGGCCGUGUUACCACCUGUGGCAGUCGAGCAUUUGUCUGAUGUUCCAAAAAGUGCUUGUGCCAAAAUAACCAACGAUGUUCGUAAACGGGCUGCAUUUUUAAUUAAUGAAGCUUGGGAUUCUUUAGCUUGGGAUGCAACUGAUGAAGAUAUGCUUAGAUUUAAUUUGAAAAAAUUUGGUGGUUAUCAAGUUGAAUUUAUUAAUGAUGAAUUUGGAAUCUUGCCUGAUUUGAUGUUACUUGGAUUACAAAGAGAUAGUGAAUGUCAAAGUGUUGCCAUCAAGAUUUUAUGGUCGAUCAUGAUUUCCGAAUAUAUUUUAAGUGAUACUCUUCAAGAUGUUGAAAGACAAUGUUUACUUGGUUUACAUGAAAUUUAUCAUAAUAAUUCUUAUAAACCAACGUCAUUGGAUCAAGAAAAUUUCAUUGAAAGAAUGAAAAUGACAGUUAGAUUGGAUAGAGAAGAUGAAGCAUUUGAUAUUAUUUAUAAUUUUAUUCAAAAUCUUUCAUCAUUUUUCGGUACUCUUAAUUAUUAUAUUAGUGUACCAUUUGGUCCUGAAUAUGAAGAAGAUAGAAUUUUCCAUGAAAUUAAAUUGAAAGCACAAAUUAAAAAUGCCGGGAAACCAGAACUUUUCAAUUCUUAUAUUCAUCAAAUGUAUGAAAAGUAUCUUUCUCAAAAUGAUUAUGUUCAGGCCGCUUUAAGUUUGGAAUUACUUGCCAGUACUUAUUCUUGGGAUCAUCAUAUAAUUGUACCAGCAAGUUUUAGACCAAAAUUCCCAGAACAAAGUUCAUUUGAAAGAAAAGAAAUAUUAUUGAAAAUGAUAGCUAAUAAUUUUGUUAAGGGAAAUAGUCUUGAAAAAGCAGCUGAUACUUAUAAUGAAUUAUUAGAUUCAUAUAAUGAACAUACUUAUGAUUUGAAAAGUUUUGCUUAUGUUCAUAAUAAAUUGGCUCAAUUAUAUUUGGAUAUGGAAUCUUCAGAUAAAUUAACCCCUACAUAUUUCAAAGUUGAAGCCAUUGGUGGUGGGUUCCCUACUUAUUUGACACAAAUAUCUCAAAUUUUCCAAGGUUUGCCAUUUGAACAUAUCACAUCAAUUCAUGAACGAUUCCUUAAAGUUUUCCCUGGUGCUAAAAUCAUUAGUGAUGAUGCUGAAGCUAUUCGUCUUAAAGAAAAAGCCACUAAUGGAAGAUAUUUAUACAUUAAAACCGUGGAACCAGUUUAUGAGUUUUCUGACAAGUUGAUUAAUACUUCACUUGGGGUAAGACAAUAUGCUAGAAACAAAGAUUUACGAUUUUUCACCAGUUUAAAGAAAUUCCCAGGGGCUACUUCGGUGUUUGAUUUAUGGACAGAAGAAACUACUUAUGAAACAUGGUUAUCAUUCCCAACUUUAAUGAAUAGAAGUUUUAUUAAAGAUUCAAAGACCGUUAAAUUGUCGCCAUUGGAUAAUGCAGUUAGAACGAUAGCUGCCAAGAAUGAUGAUUUGAUUCAAUUAGAAGCGUUUAUCAAUGCAGCUCUUAAAGAAAAAACUGAUUAUUCACAUUAUUUCAAUGAUUUAUCGAGACAAUUGGCAGGUACGGUGGAUUCGCCAGUAAAUGGAGGGGUUGGCCAAUAUCGUGCAUUUUUCUCCGAUAGCAAAUAUCAAAUUAAUGAAGAAAGUAUUGCUAAAACAGAGUUGUUACGUAAUGCAUUCAAUGAUCUUGCUAUUAUCUUGUAUCGUUGUUUGAAUUUACAUGGUAGUUUGAUUGGACUAUCGAUGAAACUGUCACAUCAAGCAUUAGUCGAAUUGUUUAGAAAGAAUUUCCAAGAAGAAAUUGUUGCUUUACGUUUAGGUGAAGAGGCGACAAUUACAGCUCCAUCCUCAAGUCGUGUUUCCAUUUUCCACAAUAAACGUGCUAAUGGUUUAAUGACUGAACGUGCCAAUUCCAUUUCAAACAUGUCUGGUGCUGGUUCUACAUAUUCGGGUUCAAGACUAGCAAGGUCUCCUACUAAUGCCUCAUCAGUGUCUUCAAAUAAUUCAUCAAUCACUAGAUCAGGUAGAGCAUCAAACACUUCGGGAUAUCCUGCAAGUGUUAUUCAACCAGGAUAUACUGGGUUAAAGGGAUCAUCUCUUAAAAAUGGUAAUGGAUCUGUCACUUCUAAAUCAAUAAACGGAUCCGGUAAAACAAAUGCAAUAAAUACAAAAUGGUAG